AUACAAAUUAUAUUGUUCACACCAAAGAUUAAAAAGGGGCAACGUUACAAGGUCAAGGACAAUAUCCAGGCUGUUCACACGAAAUUCGUGGCGGACUUCAAAGCAACAAUUGGAUUCAAGCAGCCGGCAGAAAAUCUAUUGAUUAAAUGUGAUCCCAUUCAGUUAAAGGGAUUCCUGCAGACUCUCAAACUGGAUAUGGAGGGCAAGGACGCCAUCAAUUUGAGACUGAAUAUAGCCACUGCCACGGCCAUUACACAAAAAGCAAAGUCACAGACUAAAAUGACUAUUAAUCGUCGCUGCGAUUAUCCCAUCAAGGGUUUUCCACGAUCUCUGCAGUCUCUGACAAUCAAUAGUAGUCAAUUGGUUAAGCUAAGUUUUGAGAUAUGCUCGUUGCGUAAUCUAACCCAUCUGGAUGUGGCCAACAAGCAGCUAACGAAGAUACCCGUGGAGUUGGGACGUCUGCCCCUGACGAAACUCGUACUUCUUGGGAAUUGUCUGGGAGAACUGAACGAUUGGUCAUUUCUAAAUGGCAUCAAAUUGAGUGAAUCUCUUUGUGAAUUGGAUUUAUCUGGGGUUAAAUGGCAAAAGCUGGUUCAUUUGAAUCUAAAUCACAAUAAUCUAACCUUUUUACCCUUUGCCAUGCGACGACUGAAGAAAUUGCACUCGCUUUAUGUAUCGGACAAUAAAUUGGAAUCUCUGCCAGCUGCCCUAGAAGACCUACACAUUAAUACCCUAGAUGUUUGUGGCAAUGCAUUUAAAGGACCCAAUCAUCUGGAUGUUCAACGUCUCGAGGGCACCACUGAGGCAAACACAAGGACCCAAUGCUCCCCUCAGCCGCUCUGGCUGCAAGCAGCUCGUUCAGUCGACCAAUUUAAUCUGCCUAUAUACUCACUACCUGCCAUACUGAUCAAACUGAUAGCCGAGACACCAAAAUGUGUUUGUGGCAAAUUUUGUUUUCUCAUGGACUCGCUGAAUAUCUAUAAACGUAUACGCUCUGCCAAAUUUGAAAGAAUCAAGAAUUAUAGCUACAGUCCAGAUCAGUUUAUAUAUGUUGAUAUUGUCAAAUGUGGCUACUGUAAGAAUGUUAAAUCAUGCGCAUGAUCUUCCCUGAUGUUAGUUGGAAUAUUUUAUUUAUUAUUUUAGUAUUACAAUUCUUAAUAAAGUCUGAUCUAAAUGAGAA